AUGUCCCAAACCAGAUUCUUCUUCUUCUUCUUCAAGACCUUCCUUUAUGUGGCACUUGUUCUGCCAAUCUGCCAUGGCCUACCUCUUGUGGACCUCAAUUUUCUGAAGCAGAGUGAAGCAUCUGGCAUAAUGACGACAAGGGUUUGCACAGGAAGCAUUGGGGAUUGCUUGAGCUUGGGAGAAACAGAGACGACGAUGAUGGAUUCUGAGAGCAAUCGGAGAAUUCUGGCAAUGCAGAAGAAGUAUAUUAGUUAUGAUACUCUCAGAAGAGAUAUGGUUCCUUGUGACAGACCUGGAGCUUCAUAUUACAAUUGUCAAGCUAGACCGGCCAAUCGCUAUCGCAGAGGCUGUGAGGUAAUCACUACAUGUGCUAGGGGUAACUGA